GGCUGUUUACGAGCGCUGUUUACUGAGUGGGCUGUGCAGACUGGUCUGUAACACCACCCGGCCCAGUGCGUGCCACGAUGGUGUCUAUUUAACACCGUGACAGCACGCACACUGCUCAGUGCAGUGCGCGAUACACAACACAACACAACGCAGCAGUGCAGUGCAGUGCAGUGCAAGGGAUGUCUGCAAAAUUGCUGGUGGUUUUCCUGCUGAGCGCAGUCUCUGCCCUGCAUGAGAAACAUGGCGAUGACGAGCCUCCGGUCAGCGGCUACUCGCUGCCCAAGCCGGCCGCUUCCGGACCCGAGGCCAGGGCGCUGUCUUCACCCAAGGCGACGCCAUACCGGUUCGAAUACGAGGUAGCCUCUGAGGAUACCGGCGACCAGAAGUCGGCCAGUGAGACGCGCUCGGAGGACGGCGUGGUGCGCGGCCAGUACAGCUACGUGGACCCCACUGGAGCGCUGCGCACGGUCCGCUACUCGGCCAGCGAGAGCACUGGGUUCGUGGUGGAACAGGAGCUCGUGCUGGGCUUUGCUGACCCACCGCCGGUGAGGAGCGCACUCCGGGCUGCCGGCGCAGCGCCACUGGUGAGGACGAUGGCACCAGAGGAGGGACAGAAUCCUGGGUAUGGAGAACAUGCUGGGAAACAGGAGGAAGAAGUAAUUGUAAAUGUUGAGGGAGAGCUGAACAUUCAUGAGGAAAAGGAAAACGAACAUACGAAGGAAGAUACGGAGCACAAAAGUGAGAAAGACGGAAAGAGAAAAAUGGAGGAGGACGCAGAGCAAAUGCGAGAGGAAGCUGAAAAGAAACAGGCGCAAGAGAAGCUGAAAGAAGACCAGGAGUUGAACAGGAAGCUGCAGGAGUUGAAACGGCUGCGGGAGGCGGCGAAGGAGCGGGAGCGGCUGCGACGGCUGUUCGGAGUGGCUCAGCCUCAGCUGGCGGUGCCGGCGCCCCUUGUGGUGGAGAGUCCCACGCUGACCCUCCUGAGGAGCCGACCCGCCUUCGUGCCUCCAGUUCGAUCCGCCUUCGUACCUCCGGCUCGGCCUGUCUUCAUACCUCCGGCUCGACCCGCCUUCGUACCUCCCGCCGCCGGCGUGCGCAUUCGAGGACGGGGCAUCAACAUCGCCUACUGAGCCUGUGGCAGCGGCUGGCAGACUGUGACUGGCAGACGUGCCUUCAACAUCGAAGGCGUGGGGUGGUUUAGGGUAGAACUGGGUUGAGAGCUAGGCUAUACUGCCUUAAGUUCUCAGAAGAUUUGAUAGUGUCGCGUUGUAGUGCCUGUCAGCGAGUGCUGCCUAACGAGUGCCUGACUUAGAACGUCGAUGUCCAGUUAUCUGCAGCCUUCUUCUGAGUAACAUGAUAUUUUCUCGGUUGCGGAACGCUGCAACAUAGCCUUAGAUGUGAUUUUCUAUUAUUUCUAGCGGAUUAAACUGAGCUCAAUAGAGUUGUAGCGUGACAGGUCACAGCAGGUAGUGACCUAGCCGACAAAGCUCACUAAUGUUCUCUGCUCAGCGGGUAGCUGCACCGCUCAAAGGUGACAGGAGAGCCAAGGCCCAUGGGAUUUAAUCGGUGACUUCUCACGUAGCGACUCGGCAGAGCGCUUAGAGCCAAAGCCGAGUCAAAGGUGGAGGGGUGAUUAUAGCUGCCUGGUGGGUCUGCCCAGGCGAGACUUAGGCAAUCCGUCCUCUCCCCUCAGACACUGGGGGAGCGUGGAAUAAGCUGAGUUAUUUCUAGAGGUGAUGCUGCAAGCCGUCACUGUGCUUACAAUGGAACAGGUGUCACCCUGUUUGGUAACCGUGUGUUUGCCGACAGUCGCACCGUUCGCCUUUUACACCGUGUAGCAGUCUGCUGAGUUAUCCAUUUAUCAUUGGAUGCAAACGAACCGCGCCUGCUGUAUGCUAUAUGAGGAGCACAGGUGGCAGUGUGACUAAUGUUCAUAGAUACAAGAAAUAAAUGAUGUAGCCAUCA